AUGAAAAUUGAUCUUUCCGCGCACAUUAGUUGCGAGCUAGCUCUCAUGGUGAUCUCCUUCGUUGUUGUUGUUGUGCAUUUGAUGAAGAUGCUUCUCACUGUCGGAAUCUGUCGCCAUUGCAACAUGCCCAAAACCGAUGCUAAUGAGCAAUGCAACCGUCUCCAUGAUGGCUAUAUCGAUAUUGGUGUUAGCAAGCAUUGGCCGCAUUGGGUCCGUAGAUCCUCUCCCAUCUUCAUCUCACACCGUGUCCAAGAAAGGGUCGACUCAAACCACAACUACUCCGAAGAUGUCAUUGUAGCAUUCGACCUCUUCGAACAUGACAAUGCGGGAAUCGCAUUAGUUAACACCGACACAGCCAUAUCUCCCUUCCGUUUCAUGCAUGAUGAUAUUUGUUACCUUGCGUUGGACAAACUCGCUUCCAUUAUCAUUCUUCCAUUUCACGUGAGAUGGGGUGAGGAUGGUUCCAUCGAAUCAACAGAUAAAAACAUAAGAACUCUCAACUCUAGGGUUCUCGAAAGGGCACCAUGCUCCGUGGGGAUUCUUGUGAGUCGAGGCUCUUCUUCUUCUUCUACUCACAACAACAAUGAUAACUCAAUAAAGCGAAUAGCAAUGAUCUUUUUGGGGGGUUUGGAUGACAGAGAGGCAUUGUGCUUGGCUAAGAGGGCCAUCAAAGAUUGUGCUUGCAACUUGGUUGUGUACCACUUGGUCUCGGGCCCUGGUGAGGCCAACUGGGACCUGAUGCUUGAUGAUGACGUGCUCAAGAGUGUUAAAGGGUUAUAUGGUCACAUUCAGAAUGUGUCGUAUGAAAAAGUUACCAUAGAGGAACCUUCUCAGACCAGCACUUUUGUGUCAGAUAUUGCAAAUCAACAUGAUUUCUUUAUAGUUGGGAGACGUAAUGGGAUCAAAUCACCUCAGACAGAAGCACUUGAAAGAUGGACAGAGUUUUAUGAGUUGGGUGUGAUUGGAGAUUUGCUUGCUUCCUCGGAUACCAUUACCAAAGCUUCAAUUUUAGUAGUCCAAUACCAACAAAUGAUCAAGCCUGACCAGACAUUUAUACAUUGUGAUCAAAAGGUUGAUUGGUGGUUUUUUCGUAGACAACAAUAUGAUGUAGCUCCAAUUUUCUAUCAGCAAAUCAAAUUUUCCGUACAUUGCUUCUGUUCAUACUGA